CACAUUCAUCUGCUGCCAAGGGGAGCCGCCGGGCGCUCGCAGGCUCAGCGCGCGCUGCCCGCGAGAGGACCCGGCCGCCGCGCCCCCGCCGCCUCCCGGAGCCAUGGCAGCGCUCGGCCACCCCGCAGCCUUCGGCCGGGCCACCCAUGCCGUGGUGCGGGCGCUGCCCGAGUCCCUCUGCCAGCACGCGCUGAGGCGCGCCAAGGGCGACGAGGUGGAUUUCGCCCGUGCCGAGCGGCAGCAUCAGCUCUACGUGGGCGUGCUGGGCAGUAAGCUGGGGCUGCAGGUGGUGAAGCUGCCAGCCGACGAGAGCCUCCCCGACUGCGUGUUCGUGGAAGACGUGGCUGUGGUGUGCGAGGAGACGGCCCUCAUCACCCGACCCGGGGCGCCGAGCCGGAGGAAGGAGGUUGACAUGAUGAAAGAAGCAUUAGAAAAACUUCAGCUCAAUCUAGUAGAGAUGAAAGAUGAAAAUGCAACUUUAGAUGGUGGAGACGUCUUAUUCACAGGCAGAGAAUUUUUUGUGGGCCUUUCCAAAAGGACAAAUCAACGAGGUGCUGAAAUCUUGGCUGAUACUUUUAAGGACUAUGCGGUCUCCACAGUCCCGGUGGUUGAUGCUUUGCAUUUGAAGAGUUUCUGCAGCAUGGCUGGGCCUAAUCUAAUCGCAAUUGGAUCCAGCGAAUCUGCGCAGAAGGCCCUAAAGAUCAUGCAACAGAUGAGUGACCACCGCUAUGACAAACUUACUGUGCCUGAUGACGUGGCCGCCAACUGUAUAUACCUAAAUAUCCCCAGCAAAGGCCACGUCUUGCUACACCGCACCCCAGAAGAAUAUCCAGAAAGUGCAAAGGUUUAUGAAAAGCUGAAAGACCAUAUGCUGAUUCCCGUGAGCCAUUCUGAACUGGAAAAGGUGGACGGGCUGCUCACAUGCAGCUCGAUUUUAAUUAACAAGAAGGUAGACUCCUGAGUCGAAGUCCCCCCCCCCCCCGUAGCCGGCAAUACCGCACUCACAAGGCCAAUGACUGUCCCACUCCUGUCGUGUUCAUUGACAAUCUACUGCACCACUGUGCUAUUAACCCUGGUUUACAAAAGUCUCCUUCUAAGUUUGCUUCGCUCUGCACCCUCCCCUUCCUCCCCUUGCCGUGGUACCUAAACUGUGGGUUUUGCUAAAUGAAUUAAGCAAUCUAGAAAAUAUAGAGCUAAUGAAUUAUUGAACUGUGAUUAAUAAUAGUGAAGAAACACUCAUUUCAGUGUUUGUAUUAUCAGUGUGAAUAUAUAUAUGCUGUUUAGUUGCCAAUAUAUGCUAAAGAAUGUCUUCUUGAUCAGUCAGAUAGGCCAGGGUUGUUUUGUUUUUUUUUUUUUCCUCUCUGUAUCGUUAAUCAUCUUUGGUUCCUGUGAAAUUCCCUGGUCCCUGGCUUCUCUCCUUUUCCUUCCUUUUUUUCAUCUG